GCGAAUGGCUCCAUUAAAACAAGACCUUUCCUGAUGAAGACAGAAACGUUUGCCUUCCCUUGGUCACUUCCACCCUCCCCCAACUCUCCCUAAGAUUCCUUCCAUCUCUCCGCCAUGAUAAACCAAUUUAGUUUUGCAAAUCCAAGAGCUUCCUUCGACUACAGUGAUUACGAGCAGGGCGAGGCUGAGCAUAAGGAUGAUUCGAGCACUCCGUCGCCUCUCUUGUGGAAGAACAUGAACUUUCCGAUGACUCGAUCAGCCAGUAGCUCUCCGCGAGCUCAGGAGAUCGUCAGUUACAGGCAGGAGAUGAUGGAUUUGGUGAGAGGCAUGCCGGAGUCAGCUUAUGAGCUAUCACUGAGAGAUUUGGUGGAGACUCCAAGGAUAGUGAAGAAUGUGGAGGAAGCUGCAGAGACGAGGCAGGAAGGGGCCAAGAAUAAGGCAGAGAAGGCAACGGAUAGAAGCAAAGGAGGCUUGUUCCUCAAAACCUCUGUGCCAGUUUUAGAUGGAGGGAAGACGAAGAGCUCGAAGUCUAAUUCUUUUGCAAAGGUGUCUCCAAAGCCAGAAGCAGAGAAGGGGCUGCGUGAGUUGCAAGGCAGGGGAAGAAGCAGAAUCAAAAGCAGUUCUGAAACAAGUAGCAGUAGCAGGAAGAUGAGAGGCUGCUGCUGUGGCUUCUUAGCUACAAACAAGAGCAAGUCCAAGGAAACAUCAAAGGAAGUCAAUUAAUGAAUCCUCUGUUAGAUUCAGGAGGUUUGCUAAUAGUGUAGUUAUCUCAUCAAGGACACGAAUGGUUAGAUUCUGGAGAGCUUGAGAAGUUGGAAAAAUGGUUGUGAUGAGAUAUGUGAUGAAGUAAUCACAAGGAAUAUUGAGGGUUUCAGAAUUGCUUGCUGAAAAAAGAAAAAGGUCUUCAAGUUGCAUUGUAAUUUGCUGAACAUAAUAAAACUCAGUUUACUAAAUGGCACUGUAUGA